UGCAAGGUCUUGUUUGUCUAUAAUAACAUUAGAAGUUUGUGCAAAGAGAUUAACGCCAUUAUUAUAAAUCAUUCAUGCAGAAUUCCACUAUUCAUUUAAUAUCGAUCAAGAUGCAGAAACCGUGAGCUGUGUUUACUCCACAAUUGACACCGCGUGUGUUUCUUUCUCUGGAGGUGAGACUAAAGUUUCCAAUGAGUGAGAGACUUUUCACGCUGUUUCUGAAUCAGUGGCGUCGCGUCGCUGCAGUGAUUUGAUUCAUUGUCAGAUCAGACGGGUUUGGAUCGGAUUCGGAAUGCAGUCAUCAGCAGCAUCAGUAUUUCUCGUUCUUUUCUCGGGUUUUUCUCUUGCUGUGGGCUGUAAUAAAGCUCUGUGUGCCAGUGAUGUAAGCAAGUGUCUCAUUCAGGAGCUGUGUCAGUGCCGACCACAGGAUGGAAACUGCUCGUGUUGUAAGGACUGUAUGAUGUGUCUUGGCUCUCUUUGGGAGGAGUGCUGUGAUUGUGUGGGGAUGUGCAACCCAAAAAACUACAGCGCCACGCCGGCCACUGCCAAGAGCACAGUGGAGGAACUGUACAGACCGAUCCCGUCACUCUUCAGAGCUCUGACUGAAGGAGAUUCACCCGUCAACAUGAUGGUGGUGUCAUUUCCAGUAACCGAAGAGCUUUCCUAUCAUGAGAGUCUGCUCUCUUAUCUGGAGACCAUGGAGGAUUCACAUCAGAACGUCUCACUGCCCGGCAACAGCAUCCACGCCAGCUAUGACAAUACUCAAGAUACAAUGUGCACGGUUGUGUACUUUGAUGACUGCGUGUCCAUUAAUCAGUGUAAGCUGUACUGUGAAUCCAUGGGCGGCUCCAAGUAUCGCUGGUUUCACAACGCCUGCUGUGAAUGCAUCGGACCCGAGUGUGUCGAUUAUGGAAGCAAAAUGGCCAAAUGCAUGAACUGUCAGUACUGACCCGUCACCCAAACACAGUUUUCUUUAUAAGAAGCUUUAAUACAAUCAUGUAAAGUAGAUUUCUCUUUUAUUUCUUUGAGAUAUUUUAUAGUGUCUGAGCAAAAGUGUUUGGAUUUGUAUAUAUAUUUUUUUUACUUUGCUCAUUGAUUCUUAUAAUGUCAAAUGAAUGCUUUGAUAAAGAGUGCAGGGAUAAAGACACGGUUUCAUCAAGAAUCUGUGUGCUUUUGUUUAGAGAAAAUAUUUUAACACACUUCUGUACCUAUUUGUCAAAAGUAUUUUAAUAAAACAGCUCA